UCAAUGUUUCCGCACUGAAAACGUUUUGCCCGUAGUAAAACAUGAUGAUGUCUUCUUUCUUUCUUCAGAACGACACUUAUUGCUUAGCGAAUCAUUAAAUAGGAACCAUUUAGAAGAAUUCUUCCAGCAGACAGAUUCUACUUCAAGUGCUGAUUCUGUGUGAAAGUUUUUAGUGAUCAAAUGCUGAUUUACUGAAGGAUGUCUGAAGACAGCUCAGUCCAUCGCCUUGAGGGCUCUUCUAAACAAGUUGGGGGAUUGAUCAUCAAGAAGAAACCCUCGUCAAAUGAUGGAACAAAAAGCCUGUCUUUCAAGGCUCCACAACCUCGCUCUUCCCUCCUUGGUCUCGAUCGUCUUGCAGCCGUGAAAAGACGGGAAAAAGAAGAACUUGAAGAUGAGACUAAAAAAAGAUCCAAAGUCACAUCUUACAAAGAUGAUUGGGAAGAUGGGGAUGAGGAUGAGGAAGAAGAAGAAGAGGAGGAGGAUGAGGUAGAAAGAGGAAGCUCACAGAUAGCAUCUCAAAAAAGGCAGUACCGAGCCCCCCGUAUUGAGACCCCUUCACAUCCUGGAGGAGUUAGCAAUGCCAUCAUGGAUAGACAGAAAAGACGAGAGAAGGAGAGUCGUAAGGGUGGAGUUUAUGCCUCCUCUUCCUCUAAGGACAGGGAGAGAGAUGAUCGAAGGAAUAGAGAUAGAGAUAGACAUAGAGACAGACAAAGAGAUGGACAGAGUGAUAGACGCAGAGACAAUGAUCGGGAUCGACGUAGAGGACGUGAUUCAGAAAGGAGUAACCGCAGCAGUGUCCGUAGUGAUAGAAGUGGCUGGGAGGGAACACCCAGUAGGGAUAGUGAACCUGGAACACCAAGAAUAUCUAGAGGAGUAGUAACACCAUCCAGAACAAGCUGGGAAGAAGAUGAAGAUAACAUUCCAAGGAAAGCUCCUUCUAACUGGGACUUCCCAUCGCCUUCUGGUAGAGAAGGAGAUCGGAGUGAAAGGAGUUAUCGAGGUGAUCGUAGUGAACGUCGUGGAGAUCGUAGUUCAAGAAGUUAUGAGUCUAGCAGAGCGAAGGAUUCAAAUAGAAGAGAGAGUACAAGACGUCCUGUAGAUGAUACACCAAUGAUGACACCUACACAUAGAUAUAACUCAUGGGCAACUAACAGAAAACGCAGUGGAGUUACACCACAAAUAUCUGGAGGCGAUACAGCAGCAAGAUUUGCUUCUGAUUCUGAUAGGCAAGAAUGGGAAGAAGAACAGAAGAGAUUAGAUCGUCAAUGGUAUGGCAAUGACGAAGGAUACGAUGAUUCCAAUAAUCCAUUUGCAAACAUUCCUGAAGAAUACACUCAGAAGAGAGAGAAGGAAUUAAUCAGCAAAGCCUCUAAGAGAAUGUCUGCACAACAAAGACAGAUUAAUAAGGACAAUGAGAAAUGGGAGACCAAUCGUAUGCUUACUAGUGGUGUUGUAACUCGUGUUGAGUUUGAUGAAGAGUUAGAAGAAGUAAAUGUAAAGCGUAUUCAUCUCUUAGUUCACAACAUCGUUCCACCAUUUUUGGAUGGACGUAUUGUUUUCACCAAGCAGCCAGAACCAGUUGUUCCUGUCAAGGAUCCUACAUCAGACCUUGCCCAAGUUGCUAGGAAGGGAUCAUUAUUGGUCAGAAAACAUCGGGAACAGAAAGAGAGAAAGAAAGCUCAACAUAAAGACUGGGAAUUAGCUGGUACUAAGCUUGGUAACAUCAUGGGCGUAGAGAAAAAAGAUGAGAAGGAAGCAGAAGAUGUGAACUAUAAAUCUCAACAGCAGUUUGCUGAUCAUAUGAAAGAGAAGACACAAGCAUCAAGUGACUUUGCAUUAAAGAAGACAUUAAAGCAACAACGAGAGUUUCUACCAAUCUAUGCUACCAGGAAUGAGUUAUUAAACGUCAUCAGAGAUAACAGCGUUGUUAUUAUUGUAGGAGAAACAGGAUCAGGGAAAACAACACAACUGACUCAGUACUUACAGGAAGAAGGCUACAGUAACUAUGGAAUGAUUGGCUGUACUCAGCCUCGUCGUGUUGCUGCAAUGUCUGUCGCUAAACGAGUCAGUGAAGAGAUGGGAGUAACAUUAGGUGAAGAAGUGGGUUAUGCAAUCCGAUUUGAAGAUGUUACUUGUGAGAAAACUGUUAUAAAGUACAUGACGGAUGGUAUCUUGUUGAGGGAGUCUUUGCGUGAAUCUGACUUGGACCAUUACAGUGCAAUUAUUAUGGAUGAAGCUCAUGAAAGAUCACUCAGUACUGAUGUCUUAUUUGGAUUAUUGAGAGAGGUGGUUAGCAGACGACAGGAUAUGAAGCUAAUAGUCACUUCAGCUACCAUGGACUCCGAGAAAUUUGCAACAUUUUUUGGCAAUGUUCCUGUCUUUGAGAUUCCUGGUAGAACCUUUCCUGUGGAUACUCUAUACAGUAAGACAGUGGUAGAGGACUAUGUGGAUGCCUCAGUCAAACAAGCAAUUCAGAUUCAUCUUCAACCAACUCCGGGAGAUAUUCUUGUCUUCAUGCCUGGUCAAGAAGACAUUGAAGUCACGUGUGAUGUCAUAGCAGAGAGACUUGAUGAACUCGACGAUGCACCCCAGCUGGCUAUAUUACCCAUCUACUCUCAACUUCCCUCCGAUCUUCAAGCUAAGAUAUUCCAGAAGGCACCAGAUGGUGUUAGAAAGUGUGUAGUUGCAACUAAUAUUGCUGAAACCUCAUUGACAGUGGAUGGAAUCAUGUUUGUUGUGGAUGCUGGAUAUUGUAAACUCAAAGUGUAUAAUCCAAGAAUUGGUAUGGAUGCACUACAGGUGUAUCCAAUUAGUCAAGCUAAUGCUAGACAGAGAUCAGGUAGAGCAGGAAGGACAGGUCCAGGGCAAUGUUACAGACUCUAUACAGAGAGAGCAUACAAAAAUGAACUACUAACAACAACAGUACCAGAGAUUCAGAGGACCAAUCUUGCCAAUGUAGUAUUACUUCUGAAAUCAUUAGGAGUUCAAGAGUUGUUGCAGUUCCACUUUAUGGAUCCACCCCCUCAGGACAACAUGUUGAAUUCCAUGUAUCAGUUAUGGAUCCUUGGAGCAUUGGAUAACACAGGAUCCUUGACGUCCCUUGGGAGGCAGAUGGUAGAGUUCCCUCUAGAUCCAGCUCUAUCCAAAAUGUUAAUUGUUGCUGUAGAUAUGGGAUGUAGCUCGGAGGUCUUGACUAUUGUUUCCAUGUUGUCUAUUCCAUCAAUCUUCUAUCGACCAAAAGGAAGGGAAGAAGAAAGUGACCAAGCUAGAGAGAAAUUUGCCGUCCCAGAAAGUGACCAUCUGACGUAUCUCAAUGUGUACCAGCAGUGGAAGAACAACCAUUAUUCCUCAUCAUGGGGAAAUGAACAUUUCAUUCAUGUUAAAGCCAUGCGUAAAGUUAGAGAAGUUCGCCAACAGUUAAAGGAUAUUAUGGACCAGCAAGGACUGAAGCUUAUUUCAUCUGGCACUGGUUGGGAUAUCAUACGAAAGUGCAUCUGCUCGGCAUUCUUUCACCAGGGAGCAAAAUUAAAGGGCAUUGGGGAAUAUGUGAACAUCCGUACUGGUAUGCCAUGUCAUCUACAUCCGACUAGUGCCCUCUUUGGUAUGGGUUUUACACCGGAGUACAUUAUCUAUCAUGAGCUGAUUAUGACAUCAAAGGAAUACAUGCAGUGUGUAACAGCAGUAGAUGGAGAAUGGCUUGCCGAGUUAGGUCCUAUGUUUUACAGUGUUAAGGAAGCUGGAAAGUCAAGACAGGCAAAUCGUCAAGUUGCCAAGGCAAGUAUGACUGCCAUGGAGGAAGAGAUGCAGUCAGCGACGGAAGAAUUGAAAGCCAGACGAGAAUAUGAGGAGGAACGAAGACAGAGUUCAGUUAAAAGGUUACAAGUCUCCACACCAGGACGACUGGAAGGAAAAACACCAAGCUCUGUAAGGAGAAAAACACCAUCAUCUUUUGGUCUUUAAAUGUCAGUCUUCAAUACCUGGCACCAGCUAUCAUGACCUUUGAACUUUGACCCUUAUGCUUUGAUUGUCAUUGAACAGUGAACUGUAGGCUUUCCUUUAACCAUGAACUGUUGUUGUUCAGUGCAUUAUUUACAUUAAUGCAUCAAAUGAGGACAUUAACUGAAUUUGGCAACCUAGCAACAAGGUACUUCAUUACUGCAGUAUUUUUUAAGGUUACUUAGAAUUGAAGCAUUUUGAUAGCUUUUGUAAAUAGAGCCACUGAAUGAUCAAGACUGUUACAUUUUAUGAGAAAACAAGAAGAAACUCAAAAAUAAGGAAGUAGAGUAAACCUGAUCCUCUAAAUAACAGUCUGUAUUUAAUACGAUAUGAAGAUGAAAUUACAACAUUCUCUAUAUCUACUCAAUCUAAGGACUUCUACGUGAUCAGUUAACUCAGUCAGUACUGUACAAUAUCACAAAUUACUGCUUAUCUUUAGUCUUCAGUUAAUACAGAUGUUAUUACUGUGUUGAUCCCUUGCACUUUGAGAUUGAUCUUAACUGUCAAACAAUCUUUAUUGCUAAUCCAAGAGUUGUAUGUCACAAUACAAGUGUCAAUUCAUAUUAAGAUGGAUCAUAGUGCUAUGUGAGAUGAUCAAGCCAUUGAAUCUUUACCAAGUGUAUCAUGUGCAUCAGUUUGAGUUGGAGCAGUAAAUGUGCCAAAGGAUCAUAACAUCAAGCUCUUGAUUCAAGAGUAGACCAUUUCUUCAUGCAGGUUCAGUUAAUUAACCAGGAACCAAUUUCAUUGACUUGUUUAUAUAGUGGUGCUAUCUUUGUACUUUGUAUCCAGUUAAACCCAAUUAUAAAUCCUUUUAUCGCAUGACAGAGGAAUUUGGAAGAAACUGUCAACAAAUAAAUCAGGUUAGUAAGUUGGUGCACCAGUUAAACCCAAGUUUCAUUUUAUCACAUGACAGAGAGAAAUAAACCAAGCUGUCAGCAUUUACAUUA